UGCUGCGUCCAGAUAAAACUGAUCUUCUCAAUGUUCUGCCUGGACUGGAAGUAAUGAUGAGCUGUGAAUGCUGACUUCCUGCUCAUAUCUCACUUACUGCUUCUACUUUCUUUUCCUAUUGAUCAUUAAUCAUGGCCACCCUGGACGCUACUGCCAGCAGUCCCAGUGCCACCAAUGGUGACCCAGCCGUCAGAGUGGAGCCCAUGGCCGUGGUUGAGGUUCAGUCAGAAGAGAGCCCUGCAGAAGCUGAGUGUGUAGGGUUGGGAACCCUGGAGGCCGAGAAUACAGUGGUGGUUGAGCUGAUUAAGCCAGAUCCUGACACAGUGGAAGUAUCAGAGUGUGAUGGCGUCACAACAGUGGCUCACUGUGACCAAGUGAUGACAGAUCGGAAGUCAGCAGAGAUGACCAGUGCAGGCCUUGAGGGUGGUGACCUUCCAUCAGCAUCGCCAUCACCGCCAGUGGCAUCACCAUUGACUCCUCCGCCUCCGCCGCCAGAGGAAGAGGACGUGAAGCAGGAACAACAGGAGCUGCUGUCAGAACAGGAGAGUAAGACAUCGCAGCAGCAGCUGUUAGAGCAUGAGCAAACAGAGGCGGCUCCGCAGCCGAUGGACACCACUGAGGCGUCUGACGGCGCCCCGCCGGCCCCGGACGCCGCCGCCGCCGGCCGAACAGUCCAUGUUCUGGUGUCUGACUCGGUGGCCUGGAUGCGGCCGGCGGGCGAGUCGGCCGCCUCUGAGUCCCCGGCCGUCUGUGACGUCACGGCGGUGGUGACUCCGACCGGCUCGGCUCGCCGGAAGGCGUCCGGAGUCGCCCCGAGGAGGGUGCCGCAGGAGGUCCAGCCGGUCCAGCGGCUCGUCACGGAGAAGUGGCCGCGCAGGGGCCGCGGCGGCGGCGUCUCCCGGGCCUCCCGCGUGUCGGUGAUCUCCUCACUGCCCGCCGCCGGCGCUGAGGCGGCCGGCAGGCGGUCGGCGCCGCCGGCCGCGGCCGCCGCGGCGCCGCCGCCGCUGCCGUUCGACUGUGACGCCUGUCGGACCCGGUUCAGCGACCGGAUCUCGCUGGCGGUCCACUGCCGCGAGCACGGCGGCGCGCCGGCCGAGCCGUGCUCCCGCUGCGGCCGGCUGCUGGCCGCCCCGCUGGACCGGGCGCGCCACGAGCGGCGGCACCGCGCCGCGCGGCAGGACGGCGCCCCGGCCACCCGCCGGAGGGCUGCACAGACCGCCGCCAGUCCGGCCACUCCGACCCGCCUCCUGCCCCAGCGGAGAGGCCGCGAGCCGACCCGCUGCGGCAGCUGCGGCGAGCGGUUCCGAGCGCGCGAGCUGCGCGAACACUUCGCGCCGCACCCGCGCACGGGCUUCUACCGGUGCACGGGGUGUUACGACGCGUUUGCGCAGCAGUGCCAGCUGGAGCGGCACAUCUGUACCGGCGAGGCGCAGCGGCGGCCGCCGGAGGCCACUCCGCCGGCCGCCCGGACCCGGAACGCCGGGCUGAGGCGGGGGCGGGAGCCGUCUGAGGAACCUGAAGAGGAAGAGGUAGUGUUUGUGGAGGAGGAGAGCGGAGACGUGUCUGCACCGCCCCCAGCCGUAGCAGUGCAGAAAACUGCUGACAGGGAAGGGCGACUCGCCGCUGAGAAACCCAGCAACGCUACCAACGGUGAAAAGGUGACAGUCGAAACGGAGGCUGAAGCAGUUGAAGAAGGUGAUGACCACGCAGAUGAGGAAGAGGCUUACGAAGACGGAGCGGAGGAUGGCACUGAAGAGGAUGAUCCCAGUGACGGCGGCGGCAGCGGGGGUGACGGCGACAGCCACGAGUGCUCCGAGUGCGGCCAGCGGUUUGCCUCGGCGCGGAACCUGUCUCGACACGCGCGCACCCACUCGAACCGCCCGCAGCUGUCCUGCGAGGUGUGUGAGCGCGCCUACUCACGGCUGGACGCGUUGGUACGACACAGCGUGGACGCCCACGAGCAGGCGCGUCAGUUUCCCUGCCCGCGGUGUCGCUGGAAGUUCCCCCAGCGGCGGAUACUCGAGUACCACCUCAAAGCCCACGACCGGGAGGGCAGGCCGGCCGGCCGCGGGCCGGGCCGCCGGCCCAGACCCUUCCGCUGCAAGGCCUGCAAGCGUUCCUUCAUGGAAGCCUCGCAGCUGGAGGAGCACGAGUGUCGGGCCGACCGCUCCGGCGAGCCGGGAUACAUCUGCGACAUCUGUGGGAAGACCAUCAAGACCAAGAUGUGGCUGAGCCGCCACCGGCUGCUGCACGGCGACCAGCGGCCGGCAAAGUGCGAGACCUGCGGCCAAGGCUUCAUCGACGACAAGGCGCUGGCCAAACACGUCAAAACGCACACCGACGGUCGCCGCUUCCUGUGUGAUACCUGCGGGAAGGGAUUCGCGCUCAAAGUCACCUUACAGAUCCACUCCCGCACCCACACCGGCGAGCGGCCGUUCGCCUGCGAGACGUGCGGCAAGCGCUUCUCUACGCGCACCCAGCUGUUCCACCACUCCAAGAUCCACUCUGGCGAGAAGCCGUACGUGUGUACCGUCUGCCAGCGCGGGUUUCGACAGUCGCACCACCUGAAGACGCAUAUGAAGAUCCACGCGGACCGGCCGGAGCGGCACAUUAGGGAGGCUCGGAACGCGCGGGCUAUGGGUGUGGCUGUCAGUGAGGAGCCGGUGCUGGAGGGACCCCCGGGGACUACUGUGCUGGCGCAACUGACUGAGGAGGGGAGGCCGCUGCCGGAGACUCUUUGUGACAGCGAGGGGUGAGCGCGCGGAAAGGCGAGAUACGCCUCGGGGAAAGGUGAUUAGUGAUUACUUCAGUGAAUAGUGAGAACCAGUGACCGUGCCAGUGAGGAGAGAGAUCUGUGAGAGGACUGGUGUCUCACGAGAGGACGCAACAGACUUCGAGACCUGUGGCUAAAGACUGCUUUACCUGACUUGUGGUGAGUAGUCCAGAACCAGUUUAUCGUGAUUUACACAGCGUAUAUUGGUCGAUGUAUGGAGCCAUCGGAAGUUUCUCAAUAUUAUUUGUUCUAGGACUAGGCUUAAAGACUUAUUUUGGGAGGAGGUAAUCGUUGAUAAGUUUGAAUUCUUAGCCUUGGAGCCGUGAGCUUCGUUUUGGCUGUGUUACCUGUGCAAGAUACGCAUUGUUUUCAAUACUGCUUCAGACGAUUCAUUUUGGCCGCGGUGCGUGCAACUGAACACAUGACGUGCCCGCAGUCUGAUCAUUUUCUAUUCGAUCAGCGUCUGCUUUUGUAGACGAAAUUGGCGUGAGAUCAGUGCACUAACUUUCUCGCUCUAGUACUGCCAAG